AUGGGUAAUGAUCAAUCUGUUGGUAUUGUUUGUCAAUUUGACCGUUCUUACCCAUUAUAUUUCACUGAUGAAGUUCUAUCAGGUGUAAUACAUUUACCGAAAAAGUUCAAUCGAAUCUAUAUUGAACUGGUUGGUGAAAUUGGUUUUGUAACCAAUGAAACAGUUACGAAUAAUACUGGUGAAACAAAAACCGUUAAUACUAAUAAAUUUGAGCAAUUUUUUCGUCAAACAGUUCCCUACGCUGAAUGUCAGCAGACUCACAAUGGUCAAGUUGAUAUACCAUUUAAAGCCGUAUUGCCAGCACAUUUACCACCAUCAUUAAAUUAUCCAAAAGUUUAUCCUAACGUUCAAUAUCAUCUACAAGUCGUUUAUGAUGAAUCAGCAUCAACAACAAAUAAAUUCCAAUCAUUUUAUUUCAUCGUAUUACCACAAGUAAAUUUGUUAUCCAAGCCAAAUUUAUUGGUUCCAUCUGAAUUUAGUAAUAACAACAGAAAAAAUGUAUCGUUAAAAUGUAAAAUGAAUAAAUUAGGUUAUUUACCGGGUGACAUCAUUGAAGCCACAUUAGAUAUUCAUAAUCCAGAAAUGAUUAAAAUACAUAAGGUUACAAUAAAAUUAACUGAAAUCAAUGAAAUUAAUUCGGCUGAGCGAAAACAUGAAGUGCUGACAUACAUUGUACCAGAAAUAAAUGAAACAAAAGAUGAAAACAUGUCUGCUCAAUUGUCAAUGCAAAUACCUCAAGAUGGUUAUGAUCAUCGAUCAUCAACAACAGAUAAUUCAUUGGCUGUGAAGUAUUUGGCACCAAGUUAUCAUUUUGAAGGUGGUAUUAAUCAACUAAUUCGCAUAACAAAUAAAUUUACAUUGAAAAUUGAUGUUGGAUGUUCGGGACUUUUUACAGAUUUUGAACUUUCGAUACCGGUAACAAUUGGAACGGAAUCCGAUAAUAACUAA